CAAGUGCGCUUCCGCGCACGGGGUAACGAGUACCAGCCGUCGCAGCGCGUUCGGAAACGGCGGCAUGGUUUCCUCGCAAGGAAGAGGAGCGUGGGCGGGCGGAAGAUCCUGGCGCGGAGGAGAGAGAAGGGGCGGCUGUAUCUGACCCAUUAA